GGCUGCUUUAACCCUGCGUAAAGAGGCACUUUGUAUCCGCUCGUCAGCUGCGGCUAAACAGAUCCAGUUUUCUCCAAGGUAUAUGCUGCUACGCCUGCGCGGUAUCCGUGCCUCACCCCCCCCCCGGCGUCCCAGUUUGGCACAUGCGCGUUACAAGCCUCCUGCCAAGAACUCUCUGACCGGCGCCUUAGAGAUUGUUUUGGAAAGGGUAGAGUGACCCGCCGCCUGAAUUUCCGGUGCGCCAUCGGGUGCCCCUUCGGCGAAGGAGAACUGGGCUUUGAAGUUCCAGGUUGCAGUUUUGGCUUUAUAACCAGAGCCACCCUCUUCCAACAUGAACCACGGUCCUCAGCUGAUUGCCUUUACUCGUGCCCAGGAGGAAUCAGAUCUCUGGAGAGAUGGGCAUGUCCAGAAAAAAAGCUGCAGAGGCUUCCGUCUUGUUGGCCAGGAGGAAGGGAACACAGCAGGUGAGGCAGCUCGCAGCUUCUACGAGAGCCUUUUGGAAGCUCCAACUAAUCCUGCAAGACCCUCACAUAGGAAGCGAAAGGCACCUUGCGUACGCCACCUACCUGCGCAAGAGCUUCAUCCCGUCCAGAACCACCCGGGACAGACAAGUAGCCGCACAGGGAACAAGUUCCUGAAAGCCGCCCAGGAUGGCGACCUGAAAUCUCUGCGGACGCUGGCGGAGAAGGAAGGGUGUGAUGUGAACUAUAGGGACGAUUAUUAUUGGACAGCGAUUAUGUGUGCAGCUUACGCUGGACAGGUGGAGGCUGUGAGAUAUCUCCUGAGCUGUGGCGCUGCCUGGGUGGGGGUCUGUGAGUCACAAGGCCGGGAUGCUAUGGAUUUGGCUGAGGAGGCAGGACACCAGGAUGUGGUGGACGUCCUAAAGGAGAGUGAAAGGCCACAGGUGAAGGAGGAACCCUCCAGUCCGCAGCCACAAGCCGAGAGGAACUACUGUGCCGUGUGCCGGAUGCACUACAGCGAGGACACGGUGGCGUUGCACGAGCGCUCCACUGCUCACCUGUUCAACCGGCGUGACCCACUGCCCCCCACACGCUACCACAUCCCAGAGAACAACGUGGGCUUCCGGCUGAUGGUCAAGGGAGGUUGGGAUCAAGAAGCUGGCUUGGGGCCUGAGGGCACUGGCCGCAAAUUCCCAAUCCAGACUGUCCUCAAGCGAGAUCAGAAAGGCCUGGGCUUUUGCAGUGACCUCAGACCCAAAGUCACCCACUUCGACGCCAAUGACUCCAGUGCAGUGGAGAGGCCCGUAGAGCAGCGGCCCAGGAAGGAAAGGGCAGCGACAGUGGGGAAACGAGAAGCUCGGCGCAGAGAGGCCAAGGCCGAGGCUUGGGAACGCAACCUCCGUACUUACAUGAACCUUGAUAUUUGAGCUCUUAUUGGUUAGAGGAGAUGUCUACAUAACCACUUGUUCUCCUUCUGGCCCAAUUGGAGAGACAGGACAAUGUUGUAAAGGGGAAAGGUCUGCUGAUGGAAGGUACAAGGAGCUGCUGGCACCUGCCAGGUAGUAGCCAAAGUGGGUAGUCCAGAAAAAUAAACGUGGAGUUUCCAAUAUGUUGCACUAGACUAGGCCAUAACACUCAGGCAUCCUUGGACCACCCAGCUAAACAGGCCAAAGGUCAGAAAAGGCUCUUGGCUUCCUUUCAGGAUCCCCAAGGGAAGCAAAAGAUCAACAUCUCUCUGUUUUCCCUCCUUCCCCUGGAGAUGUUAGCUUUUGCUCUGCACAGUCGUCGGUGUUCAUUGGGCAGGGCUAUGUGUACUCUAUGCUGGGAAGAAAAAAAUAGAAUUAUUUGCCAACUGUGCUUCAGAACUUGCCUCACAAAAGAGCUGAAUUAUGUAGCUUAUAGAAACUUCAAAUUAAAUUACCUUAUGCAGAAAUGUUUGUCAUUUUGCAUGCAUUAUUCUCAGUGACGGACAUUGAGCUGUGAAGGGCAUGGAAGCCCCAAUCCCUGGGCGUCUAACCCAUUCCUGCCCCCAAGCCCUCUUAGGUUCCAGAAGCAUUUCUCAUGCAUUUUCAGUAUAUAUCAUAGAAUCAUAGAAUCAUAGUUGGAAUGAACCCAAGGGUCAUCUAGUCCAAUCCCAGCUGAAACAUCCAAUAUUGCAGCCAUAAGGGGACUUGACUUUUAAAAGAUUUCCCUCAGGAAGCUGGAUCCUGCAUGGUAACUUUUUCAUUGAGUCUCUAUGUAUUGCCCCCCCCCCGGCUACUCAAGACUUGUGGUGGCUGAGCUCUUGGGUGAUUUGUGCUUCUCCAGGUCCCUUGCACAUAAUUUGAAGGUGUGCUGCAAUUUGACCCUGUACCAACAAAUGGGGCAUGCCACAUGUCGGUCAAAUGCACAAGCAACUUGCCUUUUGGAACUCUUGCUGCGCUCUCUCUCUCUCUCUCUCUCUCUGUGUGUGUGUGUGUGUGUGUCCGUCCAUCCCCUGGCUGCCCUUUCCCUGAGAGCUACACCCUGGGUACCUGUUAGCCUUCCCCUAGCUACAAAAACAUGGAAAACAAAUAAGUAUGUACUGGAGACAAAACAGCAAAAUAAAAGGUUGAACAGCUGCUUGGGUCAUGACUCAUUCAGCACUUGCUCAGUGCACCAGGUGGAGAAAGAUCUGAGCUCCAACCUCUGAGUGAUGAGUUAUUGAGCCUCCCAAUACAGCAAUACAGGUAUGUGUAGAAGACAAAGUAGGACUAUAGCAAGGAGGCAGGACUGGCUGCCCAGAUUGGUGUGGUAUGUAUGUGUGUAUGAAUGAAUGAAUGAAUGAAUGAAUGAUAAACCUAAGGAGGCAGGAGGGAAAGGAUGGAAGAAGAUGGGAAUUUUCUUUUGUCCAUGAUAGAUGAGAUGGUAUUGGAUGUAGGAGAUAUGUAAUCAAAAACUUGGGAUCCAAUAAAGGAUAAUAAUAAUAUUAAUAAUUUAUUUAUUUGUACCCCGCCCAUCUGGCUGGGUUUCCCCAGCCACUCUGGGCGGCUUUCAACAAAGAUUAAAAAUACAUUAAAAUGUCACACAUUAAAAACUUCCCUGAACAGGG